AAAGUCUUUGUUAACUUCCGAAUUGAACGUUGAACCAUGACGUCCUUCGUUGUGCUCUUCAGCUUGGAUUAGACGUUGCGCAAGAGCUGCGGAAACUAGAAACUACGUCUCAGUUCUCACUAGUUUGUCAAAACAACCUGAGCGUCCAACACCUUAUGUCUUUACCACCAGCUGUUGAUGGCAACGUCGUUCAGAUGCAGCCUAAUUCAAGAGAGAAUCUUGAGGCUGCAUCCCAAGGCACCUCAUCUGAGCGGCGUUGCAUAAUCACGAACGACUCGAUUCCCUCCAAGGGCAUUGUAGCUCACCAGGUAGUGCCUACUGGGACAGAGUUCUCGCGAUUGCGUGUGAGAUGGCAUCUACCUAGGGGCCCGUAUAAUACUGUACUGGAAGGAAUUGGGGGCAAUACUAUAUACCUACGUGCAGACUGGGCUAUCACGUUCAAAGAAGGCUGUUGGGCUCUGAUACCUGAUGACGAUGUUCUGCUAGAGAUAACUCGCAAGUUAAUUAGCAUGAAAACUAGAGAGAAGAACGCUAAUCCACGCAAGGUUAUACAUAGAGACGCUUAUUCAUACACGUUUGUCGCACUGGAUCUCGAAGGGGUUAAGAUAUCCAGGACCAAUGGUCCAUCUUCACCGUCCACCAUAUACGACUCACCCUACGAUACAUUCCCCAAAUUGUCUCUUCCUCUUCAUCCCUACCUCGCCAUUCAUCACGCGCUCGCUGCAUUCAACAAGUAUGAUGAUUUUCUCACAAGCGAAGAAGAUAUUCAGUUACAUAACAGUCUCCAACGCAUCUCGACGCUUUGGGAUCAAACGUCAAACCCAUUCACGUAGCAACUAUAUUGGAAGGAAAAAGAAGAAUUGGAUAGCAAGCCGUUGAUGAGUUAGUCUUCUUUGGGUCUGUCCGGUAUGUACGUUUAUGGAAACGCCGUAACUCGGAUACAAAAACAAAUGUUCUAUCCUGAUUUUCUCUCAGCCGAGUCCUGUUCAGGGUUGCUGAAUUUCAUGCAUUUGUGCAGGCCAUCCUUACAGCGUUUUUCUACACUACCGUCCCAUCAAUCUAGGUCAAUACGAUCCUAAAUCGCUCAAGUUAAAAUGUAUAAAUGAAACUGUCCUCUCGGACGAUAAGUAAACCGUCAUUGAAUAU